AACCCGGAAGUGUAAAGCAUCAUGGCGCUGCAGUGAAGAAGUCCUCAAUGAGAUCUAACCUCACAUCAGGCAGGUGAUUUUUAUGUAAGAUAUAAGGAGAUCAUGCUGCUCCCAACGCUCAGACAUGUAGUCCGGUGCGGCUACAGAAACGCAGGGAAAGGAUUUCAACAGAAUCAUGUCACACCUUUGAGACAAUGGCUAUAUCAGAGAGGGAAGACCACCGCUGUAGGCCAGACUCUAUCUGCACAGAGUUCCUCCAAUGCACUUCCCAGUGCUGCAUCAAACCGCAUUGUAGGGCGCUGGCUGGUGGGUUGCAGUGGCCUCGUUCUGGGAGCUGUUGUUCUGGGAGGAGUAACAAGACUGACCGAGUCGGGCCUCUCAAUGGUGGACUGGCAUCUGGUGAAGGAGAUGAAGCCACCACAGACACAGGCUGAGUGGGAGGCUGAGUUCUCCAAAUACCAGCAGUUUCCUGAAUUUAAAAUAAUGAACCAUGACAUGACCCUUACAGAGUUUAAGUUCAUAUUCUACAUGGAGUGGGGGCACCGUAUGUGGGGAAGGCUAGUGGGGUUAGCCUACAUCCUGCCUGCCAUGUAUUUCUGGAAGAAAGGUUACUUCAACCGCUCGAUGAAGGCUCGUGUAGUGGGCCUGUGUGGCUUCGUUUUCUUCCAGGGUCUUCUGGGUUGGUACAUGGUGAAGAGUGGACUGGAGGAGAAGCCAGACUCGUAUGACGUUCCUCGUGUGAGUCAGUACAGGCUGGCGUCUCAUCUUGGUUCAGCUCUUUUACUCUAUUGCGGCAGUCUUUGGACAGGGCUCACACUAAUGCUACCUGACAAUAAGCUUCCUGACUCCAGACGUAUUGUGCAGCUCAGGAGGUUUGCUAAGGGCACAGGGGCAUUGGUCUUUCUCACAGCUCUCUCAGGAGCCUUUGUCGCCGGCCUUGACGCCGGAUUGGUGUACAACUCUUUCCCCAAAAUGGGCGAUUACUGGAUCCCGGAUGAUCUUCUUGCCUUCUCCCCAACAAUCAAGAACAUUUUUGAGAACCCCACCACUGUCCAGUUUGACCACCGCAUACUGGGCAUUAGCACAUUAGCAGCCAUCACCGGCCUCUUCUAUUUCUCCAGACGCAUGCAGCUGCCCAGGAGGGCAAAGAUUGCAAUCGGCUGCUUGACUGCCACGGCAUACACACAGGUCCUCCUAGGAAUCAGCACGUUGCUCAUGUACGUGCCCACUUCCCUGGCAGCCACACACCAAUCCGGAUCUGUAGCACUGCUCACCUUCGCCAUCUGGGUCCUCGCAGAACUACGCAAGGUUGCCAAAUAAUUCCUGACUUUCUGCCUCGAUUCCCACCAGGACUAGUUGAAAGACUCCAUUACUGUGUCACGUUUCCGACCCAAAUCUCACCCCAUGAUGUACAGUUCAGUAAUAUCAUCUGACAUUUGGGUUCCCGGAUUAAAGUUGAAAUGUUUUAUGAUGAUGUAAACUGUCAGCUUGUUAUAUAUCAGGUCACUCUCGACAUGACAGGUUAAACUGGAUUAAUUUGGAAUACCAGAUGUGCCCAGAAGUAUAUUGUGCAAAAGUUUGCACGCCCUUUGCAUUUAUAGUACCUUUUUGAUCUACGUUUUUCCUGGUAACAGCCACAACCUCUUUCAAACCACCUGUUACUGUUCAAAUCCCCAUAAGGACAGUAUAUAAAUAUAUUUGUAGCUUAUUUAUACAGUACAUUACAACAAUACAUGUUUUCCACCUUUUUUUAUUCACAUAAAUUGGUAAUCAUGACUUUCCGUCCUCUCUUCGCUUCAUUUUCAAUAUAUGGGAAACAUACGGUAUACAGACCUUUUUUACUGUUACUUUUU